CCUUUUAUGACGUGGGUCAUAAAAGUUAUCUUGCCCUCCGGUUGCAGGUUUAGCAAACAAUCUUCAUCUCAGCCUGUAAGCUCACAUGGACUAUGCCCCUGGGCUAAGUUGGCAGCAUGAGCAGCAACAACUUCUAUGGAAAUGAUGACUUUGAUGAGCAGUUGCAAAUGCAAGAAUUGUACAGGGACACCAAAGAUGGAAAUACCCAGAAAGAUCCCAGUAGAGAAACCAAUGCUUUUGGGCCGCAACCAGAUGACACCCCCUAUGAGUGGGACCUGGAGAAGAAGGCUUGGUUCCCCAAGAUCACUGAAGAUUUCAUUGCUCUAUAUCAAGCCAACUAUGGCUAUUCUAAUGACAGUGCAUCUAGCUCUACUUUGAAUAUACAAGAUGUUAGUGUUAGGCCUGCAGACAAACCUCCACAAAGAAAAAUCCCUGAACUCACUGAUCCCAAAAAGAGGGGAGAAAAGAGAAAGGCUGAAUCAGGAUGGUUUCAUGUUGAAGAAGACAGAAAUACAAAUGUAUAUGUGUCUGGUUUGCCUCCAGACAUUACAGUAGAUGAAUUUAUACAGCUCAUGUCCAAGUUUGGUAUUAUUAUGAGAGAUUCUCAAACAGAAGAAUUUAAGGUCAAGCUUUACAAAGAUGAUCAAGGAAAUCUUAAAGGAGAUGGGCUUUGCUGCUAUUUGAAAAGAGAAUCUGUGGAUCUUGCACUGAAACUUCUGGAUGAAGGUGAAAUUAGAGGUUAUAAAUUACAUGUCGAGGUAGCAAAAUUUCAACUGAAGGGAGAAUAUGAUGCCUCGAAGAAGAAGAAGAAGUCCAAGGACUACAAGAAAAAGUUGCUUUUGCAACAAAAGCAGUUGGAUUGGAGACCUGAGAGAAGGGAUGGACCAUCCCGAAAGCGCCACGAGCAAGUUGUUAUCAUCAAAAAUAUGUUUCAUCCUAUGGAUUUUGAGAAUGACCCAUUGGUGCUGAAUGAGAUCAGAGAAGAUCUUCAAGUAGAGUGUUCAAAGUUUGGACAAAUUAGGAAGCUCCUUCUCUUUGACAGACACCCAGAUGGUGUGGCCUCUGUGUCCUUCAGGAAUCCAGAGGAAGCUGAUUAUUGUAUUCAAACCCUCAAUGGACGGUGGUUUGGUGGCCGUCAAAUCACUGCCCAAGCAUGGGAUGGAACUACAGAUUAUCGGGUGGAGGAGUCCACAAGAGAAAGGGAGGAAAGGCUGAAAGGAUGGGAGGCAUUCCUCAAUGCUCCUGAGGCCAAUAAAGGUCUUUGGUGUUCAAAUUCCAGUUGUAUUUCAGAAAGGGAAGGGCUUUCUAGAGUAAGGCAUUUUUCAGAGCACCCUAGCACAUCUAGAAGGAAUGCUCAAGAAGCUGCAACUGAAAUGGAAUUCGAAGAACCUAUAGAUGAAAAGAAGUUUGAGAAACCAGAAGAUGAGGGAGAAAUUGAAGAAGAUACCAAAGAAAGUGGCCCCAAAAAAGAGGCUGAAGAAGGCUGUCCCCAGAAAGAAUCUAAAGAAGCCUAUCUUGAAAGAAAGUCUGAAGAAAACCACCCCAAAAGAGAGUGUGAAGACUACCUUGAAAGGGAGUAUGGACAAGACAGUCCCAAAAAAGAGUUUGAAGAAGGGAAACCUAAAAAAGAGUCUAAAGUGAAUAGUCCUGGAAGAGAAUCCAAAAAGAAGCAACUCAAAAAUGAUUUUGAAGAGAAUGCCCUUGAAAAGGGGUCUGAAGAAAAUGACCCCACCACGGAGAGUGAAGAAGAGAAUGGCCCCCAAAAGGAGCCUGAAGAAGAUGGAUUGGAAAGAGAAUCUGAAGGAGACUGCUCUGAAAAGCUGUUUGAAGAUGGCUCAGAAAAAGAAUUUGAAGAAAAUGGCCUCAAAAAAGAGUUUUAUGGGAGUGGGUCUGGCAAGGAGUUUAAUGAAAAUGUUCUCAAAAAAGAGUUAGAAGAAAAUGAGUCUGAAAAAUCAAAAUUUGAAGAUGACAGCUCUGAAAAACUUUUUGAUGAAGGCUCUGACAAAGAGUUUGACAAAGAAUCAGAUGAAAAGAAAGAGGAAGAUGCAUGUAAAAAAGUUUUUGAUGAUGAGUGUGAUGAAAAAAAGGAUGAAGAAAAUGAAAAGGGACUUGAAGAUGCUGAUGUAAAGAAGGAAGAUGAUGCAGAUGAAAAGAUGUUUGAAUAUUCAGAUGAAAAAGAAGAUGAAAUAGAUGCAAAGGAUGAAAAAACUAUAGAUGAAAACAUGUUCAAAGAUGACAAUUCCACUGAGAAGUUGUUUGAUGAGGAUUCCUGUGAGAAGCUGUUUGACAAUUCUGACAAGAAAGGGACUGUGGGUGGUUUGGGGAAUAUUCACGAAGGAGGGGCCCUACAUAGGCAGCAGCUUUAUUCUUAGUGAUGAUGAUGAUGAUAUUUAAUCCCUUAAACUUGCUUUUGAGGGAAAUUCCUCCAUCUACAUGUUGCCAAUGCUCCAGGGAAAUUACUAGUAGUGUUACAUGAACAUGUGCAUACCAGAUUAAUGCAUUGAUGUUUUCAUUGUUACAUGUACUUAAUGAUUUAAAAUGUGUUAAUUGGCUGUGAAGUUAAAAAUAGUAUAAUGCAAGUAAACUGGAUACUCUUCCUUUGUCAGAUUUGUAAAUUGCAUGCACAAUAUUUUUUAAAGUUUUCUGAUUGAAGUUUGUGAUAUUAAAAAAUGAAAAUAAAUUGUUAAUAUGCAAAGAAAUAAGGAAAAAGAAACCUAAAUAAAUUAGGUAGACCAUUUGCCUCUCAAUAGCAUAGCCCAAGAUUGCCAAGUACUAUUCCCAACCACAUACUGCUAGUACAGAAUUCUGCCAAGCAAUCUAUUUCCUUUAUUAUUAUAUACUAAGCAAUAUAUUAUUUGAAUCAUUUCAGUUUUCAUUUAGGAUUAAAUUUUAAUUGGGAAUACAUUGCUACCUGUAGAGGGCAGUAGUAACAUACCUAAAUAUUCAAAAUAGGAGGACCUACCUGAAAUAGAACACUAAAGAUCUGUGGAUAAACUGCCAUCCACAAAACAGAUAAUCCUUUUGCUUGGAUUAGUGUCACUUUCCAGGGAGGUCCCCAGGGGAACUCCAGUCAGCCAAAUGAAGAGAAAUAGAGUGGACCUUAGGCUGGGGUUGUUCAAAUAAAGCUACAGGACUCAUUUGGAGCCAUUAUUGUAAAAACAUGCCCAGGCUUCCCCAAGACAAUCAAGAGUAACUCCAGAAACAUUUCCCCAGACCAUUGUGGAAGCAAUGUCUGCCUCUACCUAGGGCUGAGGGAUAUAAUGCAAGCAUUCACCAAACUACAGGAAAAGAAGAGAGCAACAAAGCUGUGUGUGAUAUCAAAUUAAGACAAUCUCCUCAAUCCAUGAUUCUUGACAAGGAAAGGGUUUAUCCAGAAAGAAUAUAAAACCAUAAGCAAGCUUCAGUGCCAUUGCUCACUUUAUCUUAUUGAUGUUACAUUAAAAUUGUUUUCAGUUAAAAUCA